AUGUUUUCGUUCUUGUGGAAUGGCAGCAAGAAGGGCGCGUUGACCUCGUCAACGCUUCCCUCGCACCGCUCGUCGUCAUCACGCCCCGACCCAGCGUCGAUCUGGUCCGCCGACGCCGACUACGACGAUGUGGCGUUCGGCGACACAUCCGAGCCCGGAAGCGCGCCGUACGAUGGUGUAACUCCCGUGCUCAGAGGUCCAUCCAUAUUGGGUUCUCGCGAUCAUUUCGUCGGAGGGCGGCCCGUGUCGAACGACCCUCAAGCCUCAUAUCCGCCUUUGCCCUCCUUCUCGCAACCUUCUUCCACCAAAAGUCGCGAUCCACCCUUGCGACGGACCUUCCGCCAUCUGGAGGGUCUCCUCGCCGAUCGAUCACCGGCAUUGCUCGACUCGCUCGCAGACCCCAUCGUCGCAGCGACGGACCCACAACUUGCUUCCCUCCUUCAGCUCAUUGCGCCAUAUCGUCUUCCGCCAGCCGUCAUCGAAGCGUACACGUUGCACGACGGGCAAGACCCUUUUGCGCUCGGUGGCAUGUCGGAGGGCCUGAUUUGGGGCUUGCGAUGGAUGCCGCUUGAGGAGGUCGAGAGGGAGUGGAAAGCCUGGCGCCAACUCGAAGCUGCCGGUGGAUUGAGCCAUGCCGAUGGCUUUGGCACCUUCAAGAACGGUUCUUCCAACGUCUCGCAAGGCCGCGGGCGGGACCACCCGUACGUCGAAGAAAAUCCGGAUGCCAAGCCGUUCAGUGGGAGGGAGGAAGGUCAUGCGGAUGCAGGGAUGAGCUCGUUCCCGAAUGGCUGGGUACGAUCGAGGUACUCGCACCCGGGUUGGUUACCACUGUUGACCGACCGAUGCGGGAACUACAUUGGCGUUGAUCUGGAUCCACCACCACCGCCACCACGCUCAUCGACGGCAUCAACUUCGCGAGUACCGGGUCUUGCUGCGAGAGGGUAUGGGCAACCCGGUCAAGUCAUCGCAUUUGGUCGCGAAAUCGAUCAAAAAGUCGUGCUGUUCCCCGGUGACGGAAGUGGAGGAUGGGCGAGAUUCUUGGCCGCUUUCGUCGAGGAUGUCGAAAGAGGCGAAUUCGCAGUCUUGGAUCAUCCUUCUGGGCGAGGCAGUUCGAAUACCAAGGCGAAUGGAUGGCGCAAACCGAAUGGCGAUGUCGAGCAGGGGACCGGGGAUCAAUCGCCCAAGAGUGAUGAUGGGUGGGAUGAAGGUGAUGGGAUAGGCGAUCGAGGGUACCUCGACGGACAUUCGUAUGGUGAAGAAGCUGAGGAUUCGGGAGGGGUCGGAAGUGAAGCUAGGAAUUGGUAAGUGCUCGUUAAAAAUCUGACAUUCGUAUAUUCUGUCACCUGAUGCUUUGACGUGUGAUUCUUACAGGGUUUUGCGAUCGGAAUAUCGUCGGUUGAUAGCAACCGUUCCGGGUGGUCUGAUAGGGCUCAUUGCCGAACGCAGUCGUCGGAAAUGGCGCUCGCUCGGAGUUGGGUCGCGCAACACCUCGUCCACGGAUGCUCAAUCGACCAAGGGCAAGCCGCCGUUGGCAAUCAUCGUUCCAGAGACACCAGAGGCCGGGCCAGAAUCGAGCACAACCGUGCGAGCGGGUUCACCGAUGACGAAUGGUGACAACGCCUUGUCACCACCGCAUGUCGAGGUCGUGCUCUCACCUCCGUCGCCGGUCAAGAGCGUUUCCUUUAAUGAUGAAAGAGAAAACGCCUCUCUACCCGAUGAACCCGGGUCGUCGACCUCAUCUUCAACAACACCUUUCAAAUCCGCUCGAGCGCAAUCCAAGUCCCCCGAACACUUGAACGAUGGUCGCUCGCAACGGUCCUCAUCCUCGUCCUCUCGUUCAUCAAGAAGAAUGACUCCAAGCAGGAAGAAUCGACCUCCCGCACCACCUCCAGCAGCUCUCGACCUCCCAACGCGCUUCGACCUCCUCUCCGUUGAAGAUCGUGAACCCGUACAAGAUAGCAUCUCCAUCGCCAUGGACAUUGGCGCCUCUCCUACGACAGCAGACUUUCACCCAGGAGAACGAGAGAUCGAACACGUUUACUUGGACCUGAACGGACGAAAAGAUCCGAGGGAUUCGACUUCGUCUUUGAGGUCCGAGCAUUCGCGUUCGAAUUCGAGGGAGGAAGCCGUUUUAAGAGGUUUGGCCGUCGAUUCGCAGGUUGAUUUACAUGAGGGGGAUGUCAUGGGUUAG